UCUUCUUACCAAAGACCAUCUCUCUCGCUCGCUCUCUCUCUCUCUCUCUCUCUCUCUCUCUCUCUCUCUCCUUUCUCUCUCAAACACGCACACCGUCAUCAUGACGAAGGGUCACGACAUGAUACCGGUGACCGAUCCUUCGUCGAAGACCUCGUCGUCGUCCGCCAUGAGCAGGAGAGGAGCUUACGCUGCCGCCUCCUACAUGGCCUGUGCAGUUCUCUUGGUAAUGUUCAACAAAGCGGCCCUUUCUUCAUACCAUUUCCCUUGUGCAAAUGUGAUCACACUUUUUCAGAUGGUAUGUUCUUGUUUGUUACUGUAUGCAAUGAGAUGCUGGGACAUCAUUUCUUUCUCUGCUGGAGAAACCCAGAGCAUCAGUUACAACCCUGCAACACUGAUUCCCCUUAAGACAUUGCUUCGCACUAUUCCUCUUGCGGUGUCCUAUUUGCUGUAUAUGCUGGUCUCCAUGGAGUCCAUACGCGGUGUAAAUGUUCCCAUGUACACUAUGCUCAGACGGACUACGGUGGCCUUCACAAUGGUUGUGGAGUAUUUUCUAACAGGACAGAGAUAUUCACUCCCUGUUAUAGGCAGUGUGGGGAUCAUUAUACUGAGCGCUUUUAUUGCUGGAGCGCGAGACUUGUCAUUUGACUCAUAUGGAUACACGGUUGUGUUUAUGUCAAACAUCUGUACUGCAGUAUAUCUGGCUUCUAUAGCCCGAAUUGGAAAAUCUAGUGGACUUAACAGCUUUGGCCUUAUGUGGUGUAAUGGCAUAAUAUGUGGACCAAUUUUGCUGAUCUGGACUUCAAUCAGUGGUGACCUAGAAACGACAAUGAAGUUCCCAAAUUUAUUUUCUCCUGGCUUUCAGGCUGUCAUGGCACUUUCCUGCAUCAUGGCUUUCCUGAUUAAUUACUGUGUAUUUUGGAAUACAAUGCUAAAUUCAGCGCUCACACAGACAAUUUGUGGUAAUCUAAAGGAUCUUUUCACAAUUGGACUUGGCUGGCUAAUGUUUGGUGGGCUCCCAUUUGACUUGUUGAAUGUCGUCGGCCAAUCACUUGGUUUUCUAGGGUCCUGUCUGUAUGCCUAUUGUAAACUUCAAGGGAGAUAAGGUGAUAAGCAGCUUGUGAGAUUUUUGUUUUCUCUGAUGUAAGUCUAUCAAGUAAUCAACAACCAAAUUUUGGGACGAAGGUUACAAGUAUAGUUGAAAUUCGAACCGAAACCUGAAGACUUCUCUAGCAUUCAUUAAAGAAAUUCACAAGCUAAUAUGAGAGCUGAGCUUUCCUAUAAGCAUUUUCAGUAAAUUUAUGAAACUUCUCUAUUUGGUCGUAGGCGGUAUGUAAAUUUUGUAUGAUUCUAGGGUAAUGGAUCAUUUGCCAACUCGGUUGGUGGAGGUGUGGUGGCACACUUCAUUUCCUCAAUGAGAGACCCAAUUCUAAUCGUUGUAA